CGACACCGUCCUGGGUGAGCGCAAGUCUAUCUGAGCGAAUCCUCGAGCUUCAGCGUGGUCCUCUUGCCCAGGACGUCUUCCCAGCUGUUGUUCUGAACUCCGGUGGCGCCGCAUGUGAAAGCGGCUGAUAGCGAUAAGGAGGAUAUGGAGCUCUCGUGUCCCCACUGGAGAGAGAAACGAUCACCCUCCAUCUGGCAUCCGGUAGCAACGCACCAUCGCUACGAAUCGAGCUCGACGGAACCUUCAGGGGGUGUCGUGGAUGUUUGCCUGUUGCAGGUGUGAUAGAAAGGCUUUGAUACCAUGGCGGACAAGUUCCCUAUCGAUGUUGCGCAGAUCGUGGCGCUCUUCCUUGAGAGUAUGUUCUACGGUUUGUAUCUCGUAUCGUUCGGGAUGUGUAUGUACACUAUGCUCCUCAAGAGUCGCUCCCGCCACCGGCAGCGAACCGUCUUUGUGGUGGUUGCCUUGCUUUUGUUUAUUUUCGCAACUCUGGACGUUGCCCUUCUUCUUCGCCAUGUCCUCGACGCCUUCGUCUGGUAUCAUGGUCCCGGCGGUGCUAUCGGCGAGUUUUCCGACAUAUCUUAUUGGGUCAACGCCAUGAAGACCGUCAAUUACGUGGCCCAGACGAGUAUUGCCGAUGGGAUGCUGAUUUACCGCUGCUACAUCGUGUAUGGUGGGAACUGGCUCGUUCCGGUUCCGCUCUGCAUCCUUUGGAUCGCAGGGAUGAUCGUCGAAGCGUUCACUUGCUACAUCGAGUUCACCCUCCACUCAGACGCCUUCUUGAACGCCGGACAACUCACGCCAUUCAUCACAUCGACCCUUUCCAUCACCCUCGUUCUCAAUCUCAUUGCCACUUCGAUGAUCGUGUACAAGAUCUGGUCGAUCGAACGUCGUUCCAGAGCCAUCUUCACCAUGAGCAGCGUUGCCAGCGGGACCGACGGCUUGCGGCGUGCGAUGCGCAUCAUCAUCGAGUCAGGGCUGAUGUACUCCGUUGGAGUCAUUGUCUUUUUCAUCGUGUAUCUCGCCAACAAUAAUGCGCAGUAUGGUGUGUCUGACUGUGUGAGUUCACGUCCUCCCCUAGUUUUGAAGCUUAGUUUUGGAUGUGCUAACGCAUCGUGCUCUUCCAGGUGGUCCAGAUCAUUGUACGACUCAUUUCCUUUCUUGAAAAGCCGUCAUUUAAUGACCUCCUACUCCUCAGGGCAUCUCGUUCAACCUGAUCAUCAUCCGCAUCGACCAGGGGAAGUCCGUGGAGAGCACAUACCCCCCGCAUACCAACCAAAUGACGAGCGCCGGCUCUCGAUCCUCCGCAUUCCGUUUCACCAGGCCUACUGGGACCCAUUCUUCGAUCACGGAUGUUGACGAGAGAGAUGUCGUGGGAGGGAACCAUCCUAUCGCCAUGGUGUCGUUCGGGGGUACCUCAUCUUCCCCGGACAAGUAUUGUGAGUCUGCGUCGGGCACGCUUGUGAAGGUUCACCCUGUGGCUGUCUGAUACUGGGAUCGUGUGCACUAUUGCUCGCUACUGAGUUUGCACGGUGUCGGUUGGCGGAGGAUGUAAUUAAUUUGCUCUUGUAUGAUGCAUGUUGUAUUGUCCGGCUGAGUCCGAUGUGUCUGUACUUGUGAUAAAACAGUGAUUCCUAGAAU